AUGGCAAGGCAGCAACCGGGGCUGGCCUGUGAGGAAUGUCGCCGCCGGAAGGCACGAUGCGAUCGUGGACGCCCUCAAUGCGGAAUCUGCGCUGAUGCUGGUCGGGAAUGUGUCUUUGUGGACAAGAGAGCUCCCCGAGGUCCUAAGAAGGGCCAGUUGAAGGAUUUGCGGUCCCGAGUGGGGCCUCCUACAGCGGAAAUUGAACAGCGAUUGAUUAGCCAGGAUCGUCCACUUGAUGACGGCAUGUCAACUCCAGAGCUUGAGGAUCCGAGUGAGCUGGAGCUCUCCUACGAUGUGCCGAUUGGAAUUGACGUGGAUACCUUUACUACAAUGCCGCCAAUGCCACAAAUGCCACCACGCUCCGUUUCCAUCGAUAAUGCAGCCGAGAUGAAACGAUCAUCAGACUGGACGCUGGCGUCUUGUCGGGCAAAUUCGUGGACUGCAAAUGGAAGCUUUGCCUCUAACCCACAAAACAUGCAUAACUUCCAAUUAGGUGUCAUGUCACCAAUGUCACCUGCACAGACACCUAUCACUCAGAUGACCCUUGGAGAAGAUUUGAGCAUGUCAGACUUAAUGCUGGCUGAUUUGUACGGUGGUCCCCAAAACGUAGACCUACUGUAUUUCGAAAGAGUGCAUCCCAUCGUUCCCAUGAUUCACAAGGAGCGGUAUUUUUCGUGGACAAAUGAUGAGAAUGUUUCACCUUCUCGCAUCUGCUUACGAUCAGCCAUGCGCACUAUUGCCGCCGCGAUGUCCUCUCAAUUCUGUGCUUUCACCGAGCCCUUGUAUGCGCGGACCCGGCGCAUGCUAGAGAUGCAGGAAGUACCAACCGAAACCGGUUUCCCCUGGAUGGCAGGGUCUAGAGAUUCCAGCAAUGGAGUAGAGCACGAGCUCAUCCAGGCAUGGCUUCUCCUUGCUCACUGCGAACUCAUGCGCAAAUCAGAGCAGGAAGCUCUUCUCACAGCCGGACAUGCUUUCACGCUUCUUCAGUUCUCCCACAUAAUUGAACUUGAUAUGCCGAAUGUCGAAGCUUCGCCACCUAGUGAGUACGCAAGCUCAAAUUCAAGUACACCUCCAUAUAUGGCCAAAAGCAUACCGGAUGAAAGCUGGAUGGAGACCGAGGAGAAGCGACGGACAUUAUGGGCCGCAUUUGUUUUCGACCGAUUGUCCAGUAUGCUCAAUGAUCGGCCCGCGAUGCUGCAUGAAGAAAUAAUCCAAACACGUCUCCCAAUGCCCGAGACAGAUUUCCAAGGAGGUCGCUACCCAGUUCCUAUGGGAUUCCUUCCCGAGACAAUGAGUAAUACCAACGACUACGCAUCGCUGCCAUCAUUCGCCCAGUGCGUCGUAUUGGCAAACCUAUACGGCCACUGCUUAGCACACCGACGAAUGGAACAAACUAUUCUACCCCCGGGCUCGGAGUCACAAUCCCAAGACUUCUGGACAAGGCACGAAUGGCUAGCCUCGGCAGCCACAGCAGCCACAAUGACACCCCUCCAGACACUGCCCAACAAACGGGAGACUUCGACGUUGAAGUGUGACUCAAUGGAUUUUUUCAACCACAUCCUCGCCUACAGCGCAUUAAUCUCGCUCAGCGAAACUGCAGAACAACGACUAUGGCAGAACGUCAAUGAUCAGAUGCUUGCGUUGGCAUAUAAGCAAGCAGCCUACCAAGCUGCGAAUGAUGUUGUUCAUCUAAUCCAAAAGUUGCCCCGAGUUGCUUUCUUUAAGAUGCACCCUUUCCUUCCAAACUCAAUAUGCCUCGUUGCUCAGUUCUUGACGAUCGCAACGUCUCAGCUUGCCAACCCGGCGGGUCACAGGCAGGAUGGUGUUCAGAAUUUGAUUAUUGGUUUGAGGCAGUUGAGUGAUGUCAAUAACCUUGCGAGAGAGUCUCUGAUGAAAUUAGAAGCUGGCUUUGGCUGGACCACGUCGGCAAAUGGGGAGUUGUGUUAG